AUGUGUUUCAGCCAAAGUAAAGUAAGUGCGGGAGGCUUGCUUGCUGUGAUGAGAUUCUUCUUCAAGAAUGAUUUUGAUGUGAUAGCGGUUUCACAGCGAAAAUACACAAGAGACGCUACUGUAUCUCAUAAAUUUGCAGUGGAUCAGCUUGAAAGUAUGGGUCUUAUUUACUUGGCUGAAGGACACGCUCAUGAUGAUAUUGUUGCCCUUGAAAUGGCCUAUACGACCGACGGCGUCGUUGUAUCAAACGACCAAUUUGUAGAUCAUAUGCAGCUUUCGCAACGUUUCUGCAAUCUGUGCGAUCGUUGCGUCUCGAUCGCACUCGAACAAGUAAAUCCAUCAGAUCGUUAUACAAUGAGCUGUAAUAAUCACUAUAUUGCGGAGCAUAUCUUUCGUUUUCACCGACGCCCAUCGUUGGCUCCAGGCGGUUUCAACCCCCAACCUCCGCCUCUUACGCAUGGUACGAUCGCAGUAUCUAUUGAACCCACUGAGCUUGGUGUGAUUGCCUGUUCUCAACGAGAUUUCGCUACAGACGCAUUCUUCUCCACGCCGGACAAUAUUCGACACGAAAUUGUGAAAGAACAUCGUCAAAACUGGACCGAGGAUUACCGUGAUCAGACCAUUUCCAUGAUCGACGAAAUGCUUACUCGAAUUCGGCAAGUGUUUUUUUUGGUUUCCUCAAGUGAAGCUCAAGUGGAAGCAAGAUGUGCAAAAUGGGUCCAAAUGAAGAAGUGA